AUGCCGCCCCUUUAUUUUCGUCUCUAUGACCUCAGCAGCGGGCGAGAGGCAAAUAGAAGUGCUGGUUUCUGGUUGUUGGGAGAGCUCGCUCAACAACUACAUGCGCGCUGCCGAGGCUACCAGGCUACAAACUGGCUAGCCCGGCUUGUUGCGGCGGUGCCACAAUGGGCAAGCGGAGCACAUUCCCCCUACGUCCCACGGAGCGGUUCGUUCACCGUGCGGCGCAUUUGCAUAUGUCCCUCGAGGCCUGCGCCCGCAGAAAGCACCGGAGAUACGCGUGCCCGUGGGAACGGCCUGCAGGAAACGCACGUCUACGCAGCUGCAGCCUGGGCAAAUGCAUACGUGCGCACACAUGCGUGCGUACUACACUCACAACACGCGCGCGGCAUAAGGGUGACGCCGUCGCCCGUGCAGACGGAGGCGGGUAACAGGGAUUCGCAGGGGCUGCUCGACCGAAAAAGGCAUUCACACGUGACCACAAACACCAUCACGUGGACGAAUGGCCCAACACAACCCUAUUUUUUCCGCGCGGCAGCGCGGAGCGGCGCGCGGGUCUCGUCGUGCGUGAUAGUGCUCCACUUUUCUCUUUACAGCCCUUUUCUCCACGGCGGGUGGCGGACAGGUGAAAAAAUUAUGUAUAUAAAGGUAGAGACCUCUUACGUAUGUGACGUGUGA